AUGGGAAAUAUAUUUGCUACAUUAUUUAGGGGCCUUUUUGGGCGGGCAGAGAUGAGAAUUUUAAUGGUUGGUCUGGAUGCAGCAGGAAAGACCACAAUCUUGUACAAGUUGAAACUGGGUGAAAUUGUGACAACUAUUCCUACAAUUGGUUUUAACGUUGAAACAGUUGAAUACAAAAACAUAAGCUUUACAGUCUGGGAUGUUGGUGGCCAGGACAAGAUUCGACCCUUGUGGAGGCAUUACUUUCAGAAUACCCAAGGUUUAAUUUUCGUCGUAGACAGUAACGACAGAGAAAGAGCCGGUGAGGCAAGAGAUGAACUGGGUAGAAUGUUGAAUGAAGAUGAGCUCAGGGAGGCCGUUCUUCUGGUAUUUGCCAACAAGCAGGACUUGCCUAACGCCAUGAACGCUGCAGAAAUCACAGACAAGCUGGGACUUCACUCACUCCGCAACAGACAGUGGUUUAUCCAGGCCACAUGCGCCACCAGUGGGGACGGCCUCUAUGAAGGUCUGGACUGGCUGUCCAACAGUCUGAAGAAGAAGUCUUAA